CACUUCUCUUCAAUCAUAAAGUACCUCACUCACUCUCUCUGUCUCUUUCCCUCUCUCUCUCUCUCUCUCCCAAACGGUGAUCUGGGAAGUGGGAGGAGGUUCGGGGUUUUGUUCAGAGAAUCUAAGGAGAAGAGUGGGUUUGCGAAGGAGGACCUGAGGCUGCGUUAGGGAAUGAGUUCAUGAGGGGUUCCGCCAUUUGAGGAGGAAGAAAAAGAGCUUUAAAAAAUUGAAUUGCAGAACAUGUCAAUCACAAAGGAGGUGAAGGCUAGUGAUGCAACAGCACAAAAAAUGUUCAGCAAGGGGACACCAGUUGAGGUUAGCAGUGAUGAUGAUGGUUUUGAAGGUGCUUGGUUUGCUGCAACUAUUGUUAAAGCAGUGGGAAAGGACAAGUUCCUUGUCCAGUACCAGAGCCUGAGGACUGAUGAUGAUUCAGGCUUUCUGAGAGAAGAGUUUGAUACCCUGCAUAUUAGGCCAUGUCCACCAGAAACUCUUGUUGUUGAUCAUUUCAGUCUUUUUGAAGAAGUCGAUGCUUUGUACAAUGAUGGGUGGUGGGUGGGUGUGAUUUCUAAGGUUCUUGGUGGCUCAAAAUACUUAGUUUACUUUAGGGACACAGAUGAGGAAAUAGAGUUUAAGCAUUCUGACUUAAGGCCACAUCAGGACUGGAUUGAUGGAAAAUGGAUUAUGGCUUCCCAGGCUCUGAUGAAGUUGCUUUACUUGUGAUUGCUUGAGAAAUCAAGAAGGCAUCCCUUGUGUACCAGGAGAGAUUGCAUUACAUCUGAAGGACUCUGCUUCUUAUAGCAGUGGAAGUCAACGGAUGAUUUUUUGAUAAACAAAUUGCAAUUUUUAGUAGUCAUUUUCAUCUUGGUAACCUAUCAUUAGGCAUUCUCAACGAUUUGUUUAGAUUUUACAAAUUAAUUGGAAGCAUAGUUUGACUUUAUGAUCCAAAGCAAAAAGUUAAUGAUGUAAAUGCUUUCAGGUAAAUUCUUGUAUUGUAUUGGCAACUGACCAGCGAGUCAGUGACUGUUCUCAAUUUCUUUCUGCAUGAAAAGGGUUUCUCUAA